GAGAGUGAAUAAAGGAGAUCGAUUUCGUUGAACCAUAGUUGGUGAGCGAGGAAGGAAAGCACACGUGUUUCUUGGCGCUCCUUUAAACUGAAAAAUAAUAAUGAGUGUUUCAGAGAAAAAUGUAUUUACGGGUAAUCAGGAGUAUCUAAAAGAAAAAGAGCUAGCAUUGGAGGAAACGGAAUCUUCUUCAGCUGGUAGCAGUCAGAGUAGUUUAGAGAGUGGGGAUGAAAAUGUGGGUCGAGGAAAUUGGUCUGGCCGUUUGGACUUCCUAUUGUCUUGCGUUGGGUUUGCCGUGGGGCUUGGCAAUAUAUGGAGGUUUCCCUAUCUGUGUUAUCAAAGUGGAGGAGGUGCCUUUUUGAUCCCCUAUGUGAUCUUCCUGUUUCUGUGUGGGGUUCCAUUGUUCUUCUUAGAGAUCAGUUAUGGACAGUUUGCCAGUCUGAGCCCAAUUACUGUUUGGAAAAUUUCACCACUCUUCAAGGGUGUGGGCUAUGGCAUGAUCAUAAUCUCUGGUAUUGUGUGUGUGUACUACAACAUCAUCAUAACAUGGACCAUUUACUUCCUGUACCACUCCUUCAAAGCAGUGUUACCAUGGAGCACUUGUGGCAAUCCCUGGAACACGGAAAAGUGCUACAUCCGCGGGGAAAUUAAUCUGACCCAAGCGGACAAUGCCACAGCCAAUGGGACGAUUGGAUACAACAUAAAUACGACAAGUCUCCUCAACCUCUCUGAUGUAACGGUGGCUUUUGUUGGGGGAGCAAGUAAUACCUCUAAAUCCGAUUUGGUCAACUUGACAAACAAGGUCACAGCUAGUGAAGAAUUUUGGCAGAAUGAAGUUUUACAAAUCACUGAUGGGAUAGAGGAUUUGGGCACUAUUCGCUGGGAACUAUUAAUUUGUCUGGCCAUAGCAUGGAUUGUUGUAUUUCUCUGCUUAUGUAAAGGAAUUAAAUCCUCAGGAAGGGUUGUAUAUGUGACAGCCACUUUCCCCUACUUGGUUCUGACUAUUCUUCUUAUCCGUGGUGUCACUCUCCCCGGGGCAGGGGCAGGGAUUUACUUCUAUCUGGUGCCUGAGUGGGAAAAACUCCUGACAUUCAAGGUUUGGGGGGAUGCAGCGGUCCAGAUUUUCUACUCGGUGGGAAUGGCGUGGGGCGGUCUGAUCACCAUGGCCAGCUACAACAAAUUCAACAACAACUGUUACCGUGACGCUAUGAUUGUCCCCCUGAUUAACUGUGGCACCAGUGUGUUUGCCGGGCUGGUCAUCUUCUCUGUGUUAGGAUUCAUGUCACACGAGACGGGCAUUGACAUCAAGAACGUUGUCACUCAGGGUCCUGGACUGACCUUCGUGGCAUACCCCGAGGCAGUGGCCAGGCUCCCCAUCUCCCCAUUGUGGGCGGUUCUCUUCUUCCUGAUGUUGUUCACAAUCGGUCUGGACAGCCAGUUUGGAAUGUUUGAGACCAUGACCAGUGCAUUUGUCGAUGAAUUUCCACAUCUACUGAAAAACAGGAAGGUCCUGUUCACAGCAUUUUUCUGCUUCAUCGAAUUUCUGCUGGGAAUUCCCUGUAUCAUGGAGGGAGGAAUCUACGUGCUCCAGAUCAUGGAUUGGUACUGUGCUACAUUCUCUCUGAUGUUGCUCUCCUUGACUGAAUGUGUUGUUAUUGCUUGGAUUUAUGGUGCUGACCGAUUUUACAAGGACAUCGAGCUGAUGAUUGGUUACCAGCCAGGUGUGUGGUGGAAGAUUUGCUGGAAGUAUAUCACACCUGCCACCAUCACUUUUAUUUGGCUGUUCAGUGUUACCCAACUUAGUCCUGUGACAUAUGGUGACUACGAGUAUCCAGAUGGCGCCAUCGUGUUUGGUUGGAUGCUGGGACUGGCCUCCAUUGUUCCUGUUCCUGUGUGUGCAAUCAUCGCAAUCCUUGGGGAAAAGGGAAGCUUUGUACAACGAAUCAAGAAGCUGGUCCAUCAUACAGAUGAUUGGGGUCCCGCGGUGGAGAAACACCGCGUCCGUUAUUUACAGUCGCUACAGAACUCCCAGGAGUCCCUGGAUUCUGUGGUCUGCACUCCAUUGGUUGAUGCUAAAAACAUGUCAGUAAGCCAGCAGUUAUGAUGAUUGAAGAUUUUUAAAGUGUCAGAAGAUUUCAAUAGAUAAACUGAAGGGUGUAGAACUCAUUUGAUAUGUGUCAGAUUGGGCAGGUCCGUUUUUGGAGGAGGUGGACAAGAUAAUUGUCGAAAGCAAUGCAUUUCAAUGCAUACAAAGAAUCUCAAGGCAGUGACGCCAAACGAUCACAGGGACCAGAAAUUGUAGCAUGUAGUCUGGGAACUAUUGUACUGUAUCUCAUAUUUGAAUUGUUAUGAAUAGCUUGUUGAUGUUAUGGAGUCAAUUUCUAGCUACUACUCAGACCGAAAUGCUUUCACUUAAUUAUGACUGUAAAAAAAAGGAAAAUCUAACUGAAAAUUCCAACUUGCUCACCUUGCCGAAUUUUUCAAAUGUCUUCAGUGAAGAUACAGUGAUUUUAAUGGAGAUUAUAUACCUGCAAUUUUAAUUAAAUGUAUAUAGGAUUCUCAAAUUAAAAAUUUUUUAACAGAUUUUUUAAAUUUGAAUCUAGUCGCUUUUAACUGAAAAAUUAUGACAUUUUAUUUUAAGUUUUUUAAAGACAUCUUUUAUAUAUUCUUUUUAAAGUUUUUGAUGUGUUCAAAAUUGAUUUGAUCUUUUUAACUGUGGUAAAAAAUUGUAUUAUGUAACUUAAAUUGUUCUUAAUUUUAUUUUUUAAUAAAUUUAGAAAUUAA